AAUAUCAAUGGUCUUCAAUGGAUCUUCAAAGGGCCCGAAUGGAGAAACUGAUCAAUUUUUACCUAUGUGGAAUUAACUACCUGGGGCUCAAGCCGCGUGACAUAAAUUUCUCAUCUGAAAUAUUAGACUAUUUCCUAUUAUUUUUUUCACCUGAUCUUGUGGACUUUAUUGUGGAUAAGACAAAUAACUAUUGGGCCCGUACAGUAAAUGAUGACUUGCGUAACAUCAAAAUUGGUACAACUGUCGACGAGCUGUACUGUUUUUUCGCAUGUACGCUACUAAUGUCGAGAAACAAAAAAUUACGGCUUAGCGAGUAUUGGUCUAAAGACAAACUUUUAAAAACUGAUAUUUUUAGAGAAAUUAUGUAUAGAGAUAGAUAUUUAGUUUUAUUGAAAAUGUUGCAUUUUGAAGAUGAUAAUCAAAACUCUUCUGAUCGUAUGAAAAAAAUUAUCACGGUCUCAAGCAGACUUCAAAAAUCGUUUAAAAACUCAUUUUAUCCUUUUCAAAAUUUAUGCAUAGAUGAAAGUUUUUUACUAUACAAGGGCAGGCUAUCUUUUAAACAAUAUAUACCGGCCAAAAGAAGCCGAUUUGGCAUUAAAACGUACGUAUUAUGCGAUUGUAAAACUAGCUACGUACUAGAUACUAUCGUAUAUACAGGUAGUGAUUCACACGUGACAGAGAAUACGGAAGAAAUUGGCAAAACAGGAAAUAUCGUUUUAACACUUUUAAAACCGUACUUGGGAAAAGGUCGUUCAUUGUAUGUAGAUAAUUAUUAUAGUAGUCCUGUUCUUUUUAAUUUAUUACAUAAAAAUGUAACAAAUGCUUGUGGGACUGUAAAGCAAAGGCGAAAAGGAAUGCCUACAAUUGACAGAAAAUUAAAAAAAGGCGAGGUUGACUUUCGGACAUCAAGUAAUUUGCUGGCCCUUAAAUGGCGUGAUAAAAGGGAUGUAUUUAUGUUAUCUACUUUUCAUACUAGGGAAUUAAUAUGUACAGGAAAGAGAAAUUAUACCACUCAAGAACUUAUACGUAAACCUAAAUGUAUAGUCGAUUGUAAUUCAUCAAUGGAAGCUGUCGACAAAUGUGAUAUGGUUAUCAGUUCCAUUAAAUCUAUCAGAAAAUCUAUAAAAUGGUACAAGCCGCCAAUGGUAGCCGCUUUUCAUCUUGAAUUAAUAAGACAAAUUUUACGAAAAUACCAUAAAGACGACUUUAGACAAAGCGCUCCUAGAUCUGCGGAUAAAUAUCCUUUGAGGCUUACUGGUAGACAUUUCCCAGCAAUUUACACGAGCGAGAAAACAAAACGAAAAAGUGGACUAAGAAAAUGUGUUGUUUGUACUAAGAAUGGUGUCCAACGACAAACACAUUAUCAAUGUAAAACAUGUGAGGUAGGACUUAGUAUAUACCCGUGCUUUGAAAAUUAUCAUACAAAAAUACAUUAUUAA